UGAUCUUCUGCAUGAUGGUGCCGGUGCCGGUGCCGGUGCCGCCACUGCCGCCGCCGCCGCCACCGCCCCGAAAGCGCUCAGCAGCCCCAUACGGCCACGGGCGCCGGCAGGCACGGCGAAGCCAUGUUGGACGCCACCUGACAGAGCCCGCCCGGCUGCUCUCUGGGAGCAGUAGUCCUGGACCGACGGCGCCCGACUACAACCCCCGGCAGCAGGGCCGGGAGGGCGGGUACCCGACCCGGAAAGGAGAGAGGCCUGGGUGGCGGCUCCUUCCGCCGCGGUCGCUUCAAGUGGUGGCCCAGCAGGCCAAGGCCUUCUCUGGGAUCUGGAGGAUGUUGGGAGUGUCUGAACACCGAGGUAUUUGUUCUGCCUUAAAGUUGACAGUACCAUCUCAUACCAUCCAUGGCAUUGAGGGGCAGCCACUACAUCUUACUGUUGACUACAAUUUCAACACUACAGCUUCUGAAAUCCAGAUAAUUUGGCUUUUUGAAAAGCCUCAAAGUAUUCCAAAAUACCUGCUUGGGUCUGUAAAUCAAACAGUAGUUCCAGACCUGGAAUAUCAGCACAAGUUUACCCUUAUACCACCAAAUGCAUCUUUGAUCAUCAACCCAUUGCAAAUCAGUGAUGAAGGCAAUUACAUUGUAAAAGUCAAUAUCCGUGGAAAGGGCACAAUAACUGGCAGUCAAAAGAUUCAAGUAGCUGUUGAUGUUCCCGUCACAAAGCCAAUUGUACAUACUGAGCCAUCUUCAGGGGUAGUGGAAUAUGUAGGGAAUAUUACGUUAAAAUGUACUGUAGAAGAAGGUACAAGGGUGGUUUACCAGUGGAUGAAAAAUGGGAAGCCUCUCCAUGCUAGCCCUAAUUACACCUUUUCAUCAAAGAAUGCAACAGUCCUAAUUGUUCCUGUUGUAAAAGAAGACAUUGGGAACUACAGCUGUCUUGUAUCUAACCCUGUCAGUGCAAUGGAAAGUGAGAUAAUUGCACCAACCAUAUAUUAUGGACCUUAUGGACUUAGAGUUAAAUCAGAUAAAGGUCUGAAUGUAGGAGCGGUGUUUACUGUUGACAUGGGAGAAGUUAUACUGUUCAACUGCUCAGCAGAUUCAAAUCCACCAAAUACCUAUUCCUGGAUCCAAAGGGCUGACAAUGCCACACAUGUAAUCAAAUAUGGACCCAAUCUGGAAGUUGUAUCUGAUAAAAUGGCCCAGAAAACGAUAGAUUACAUGUGCUGUGCUUUCAACAACGUGACUGGGAAACGAGAUGAAACUCACUUCACAGUCAUUGUUACUUCUGUAGGAUUGGAAAAGCUGGCCCAGAAAGGAAAAUCUUUGCCAUCUCUUGCAGUAAUAACAGGAAUUUCCUUAUUUUUGAUCCUAGCUAUGGCCUUUUCAUUCAUAUGGAAAAGAUGUCAGCCACAUAAAGUGAUACAACAGAAGCUGCAGAGCAGGCCAGAAGCUGAUUACAGAACAGCACAGACAUUUUCAGGACAUGAAAGUGCUUUGGAUGAUUUUGGGAUAUAUGAAUUUGUCGCCAUUCCUGAUCUUGCCAGUGGUCCUAGAGUUUCAAGUCAGUCUGCUUCAGGCUCUGACUUUGUCAGAGGCCAGGAUAUACUUAGUACCAUUUACGAAGUUAUUCAUCAUAUUCCUGAGCAGAUGCAGCAAGACCAUCAGCAUUCCUGACCUGCCAGGAAGAAGCACUUUGAGUGAUAAAUAAAGACAACUAAGUCAAUACUGGUACUUGCAGCAGGAUGCUUUGGCACUCAGUAUGAGGAAAAAAAACCUUGCCACAGAACAGGGUAUAGAGCUCGGAAAGGAACUGCAAACCCCUGUAGUGCAAAAUAAUGAUUGCAUAUGGAUGGAUACCACAGACUUGGUGUGCAGCCAUCUGAACAGUAAUAGACAAUGUUCAUGGAAAAAAUGACACAAAAUUUGCCUGCACUCUGGCUAAGGUAGGAAUUUCUCUUUGUACAAAACAAAAGAAUGGAUAUUGUGGGAGCCAAACGGGUUUGUUAGUAAAGUGAUCGUUUUACUCUUAUUUCCAGUAGUCCUGACUGGAACUGCUGUUAUUUCAUGAAUUUAUUACAAUUAAUGUGGAAAGAAAAAUGAGUGAAAACCACUGUUUAAUUCUCAGAUUUAUAGUCUGGGAAUCUUUCAAAUCCUCUCUUGAAUCUAACUUCAAGAGUAUUAGCUGAUGUACUCUCUCUUGCUCUUAGAAACCUCAGUGAGAAUACCAGCAGAUUCACAGGGUACCUUAUGUCUAAUACCCUGGGAGCAGUUUUUUUCUUCCACUUUCCCGUAUUCUUACAUCAGCCUUUUUAUCCAUUCAUCCACACAUAUGUCUCUAACAUUCUAAAUAAUUACAAGAUUUUAGAUGUGCCCCACUCUUAAAUACUGAUGGAAACUAAUUAAACUCCUAAACUCUCCUGAGUUUGGACUAAGGGACUUAAAAUGUAACUGCAAAAAAUGCUGCGAUGAUAGCUGACUUUGCACUUCUACUUUUGCAUGGUGGUAUUCGUCACUGUUCACAAGAGUCUUGCAGAUUUGCCUUCCCUGCUCCUCCAAAGAAUCAAAGGGAAAACAUGAAAUCAGUUUUUGAGGAAGCUUCUGCUUCAUCUCAGCGACCUUAAAGGUCUUUUCCAACUGUAACAAUUCUAUGAACUCUGGGCUCCAAGGUCACAGGGUGCUGUAUGACUGUCAUAUGCUGAACUAUUUUAAGCCAUUUGUGGGGGGAAUGUUUUAAAGACCUUCGCACAUUUUUUAAACUAAAUAUAAAUGUUGUGAAAAACUGGACAACAGGCUCUUCCACAUAUGAAAGAAAUCCAAAAAUGGCUGCAAAACUAAUGAGCAAGAAGUUCAGCCAGCUUUUAUAUGCAAGCACUGACAACUCGCAACUGUUCUGUGAGCAGAAACUAUUUGUAACUUAGGUUUCAUUUUCACUUGAAGACAAAUUCACACCAUCUCCCUUCCGUCUCAUACACAGAGAUUCUCUUUGAUCAAAUGUCAUCCAUUUCACAAAUUUCUACUCUGUCAGCCACUGGAGAGUGAUGAAGGUGGGAUCUCUUGCCAGCCCUUUCAGCAUGGGGUUUGUAUUGCAGAGUGCACUGACUCAGCCUACUGUUACUGCUACUGUGUAGCAGGUGCUCUGGUGCAUUUCUGUUGAUAAUGUUUGAGCAACGUGAAAUAUCUGUACUGAAAAAGCAACAUAGCAGGGUGCUAUAUUAGCCAUUAUAUUAUUUAUGGCUUAAAUCUGUCUGAUCUUUUGAAAACUCAAAAUCUUGCCCAUACUAGAAAAUCAGGCAAAUAUCAGUGUGUUACAAAUCUCCUCUGGAGCUAUCAUGCAGCCUGAAGAAAUAUUUUACUUUGGUGUUUAGAACUACUGGUUUAUUUAUGUUUGCAGUAUUUUUAAAAGAAAAGAAAGGCGGCAUUGUGAACAACUGUUACAUAUAAAUAUAUUCUUUCGUAGAUGUAUAUGAAGACACAGGAACAGGAAAUCAAAGCAUGUGAAAAAACAAAAGUGACUUGGUUUUCUUUAUUAUACAUUGAAAGGAAAAGCAAACACCUCCAAGAAUGGUAAAAGCUUAUGCCAACUUUUCUUGAAAUAGCGAUUUCUAUUCACGCUGACAGUCCCUUUCCUUCAGGUGCUCCAAAUUACCCAUUUCUGAACAUUGGUUUUGCUUUAUUUAAUUAAUAAUUUGCUGAAAAAUAUGAAUUUGGCUUUAUUCAUUACAUUUUUUUCCCCUUGUUUGUGAGUACAAAAGACAAAGGCACAGCCUAAAAAAAUCACUGUAUAAAACAUGGGUUUUUUUACAAUAAUGGAUGGGAGUCACGGAGGAAUCAGGCCGAAGAAGCUCCCACACUUAUUUCAGUAAAAAAUGGGGGAAAAAAAGUGCUUGGGAUUUUUUCAUUGGGGUUGACUUUUAUAAAAAGAAUCUCCAUAUUGGCAUGAAAAGCAAGAAAUGCAAUAUGUCGGAUUGAAAAAAACAUUUGAAGCUUCAAAUAAAGUCUUUCUUGUAACUCGU